AAGCUGCUUGGCAGAUGACAAAUGGAUUAACCCAGGAAGUGGCCUGAAGUGUGCGUCUCUUUCGUGUCCAAAACAGCAGUUAGCUUCCGCGUGUCGGUUAUUCCGGUGUUUAUUUUUUUUUGUGGGCAGGACGACCAUCCUUCACUUUUCGAGCCACGGCCUCUCAGUUGGGUUCAUGGUGAUGAGGCCUGACUUUUAUGCUCGCCACACUUACGCCUCCAAUGAAACCGGCGGAAAAAAUAUUGCGAAGGCGGAACGAGUCAAGUGGGAAAUAAAGAAGAAGUGAUUAGAACCAUUUCCGGGGGAUUUGUGCGAUUGUGUGUCACUUUUAACCCAUCCUUCCUUUUUUUGUUUGAGCUUAGGGAAAUAUUUGUGCGACGAAUGAAAAAUGAAUGGGAGUGCUAUCAGAAAAGUGAUCCACAAAAAGUGAAAACCAAAAUGACCAUCAACACUAAAGCUUGUCAUUCAGAAUAGUUUGGGUUCGAAAGGCAAAUAAUCGGGUUAACCCGGAUUCUGAUGCUGGUCAUGAGCUUGCUUCUGUUGUUGAUAAUUGUGACCACUUUGGCGGAAAUAUCAUCGAAUGCUGCUGGUAGUAGUGACGUCCCCCAGCCGGAAGAUGUAGCUGGGGCCAGUUCGGUUCUGGCCAGUAGUCCAUCAAGCGGUCAUCCUCAUCAGCAUUCACCAGCAUCGGGUCAAUCGGACACAUCUAAGAGAGCAUCGGCCCACAUAUCGGGGGAUUUUAUCAUUGGGGUGCUGUUUUCGGUGCAUCAUCAGCCUCGGCAGAAGCGAACCGGACCGAAUCACUUCCUGUCCUGUGGAGAGGUUCGAGAGCACUAUGGCAUCCAACGGUCGGAGGUCACUUUCAAAACGAUCGACGAAAUCAACAACAAUCCAUCGCUGCUUCCAAACAUCACUCUGGGAGUGGAAAUCCGGGACUCCUGUUGGUACGCUCCUGUAGCGCUGCAACAGAGCAUCGAACUCAUUCGUGACUCCAUAUCGCCUCCAACCACCAAUACGGGUCACUCCGGGAACUCCCGAAAAUCAGAGCCCGGAAAUGGGUUCCCACCGGAGGAAAACUGUCCAAUUUCGUACCAAAACGCAUCAGCCAAAUAUGGAGUAUCGAGUCGACCCAGCAAAUACCGCCAAACUUUAAUUGGUGUUAUUGGGCCAGGGUCCAGUUCGGUUGCGUUACAGGUACAAAAUCUGCUGCAACUGUUCGCCAUACCGCAGAUCGGUUACUCAACCACUUCGAAGGAUCUCUCGGAUAAGGCCCGAUAUAGUACCUUCAUGAGGGUGGUGCCGUCCGACUACUACCAGGCCCAGGUCAUGGUGGACAUCGUGCGGCAGUUCAACUGGACCUACGUGUCGGCCAUCAAUACGGAUGAAAACUAUGGUCAAUCCGGCAUCCAGGCAUUCAGGGAGUUAGCGGAAAAGUAUGGAGUUUGCAUUGCAAGAGAAGAUUCUGUCCUUAGCAACGCUGACGACGAAUCGUUCGCCGAUGUGCUGCGCAACAUCGAACAGGACCCGAACGCCAACGUGGUGGUCUGCUUCUGCGAGGGAAUGACCGUUCGGGGACUUCUGAGGGCCAUCCAGCGCCUGAACAUGUCCGAUCGGUUCCUGCUGAUUGGGAGCGAUGGCUGGGCCGAUCGAGCCGACGUCGUCCAGAACUACGAACGUGCCGCCCUCGGAUCGAUCUCGAUCCGCAUCCACAGCCCGUACGUGAAAUCUUUCGACGAUUACUACUUCGGGUUGAGCCCCUUCACUAAUAAACGAAACCCAUGGUUUCGGGAGUUUUGGGAGAUGAAAUUCAACUGCAGCUUGCCAACCAUCGAAGAAAGGAAAUUCUCGUUGCUUUCAGACCGAAAACCUUUAUGCACAGGUAAGGAGCAACUGUCGGAGCGCUACAAGCAGGAACCGAAAAUGAGUUUCGUCAUCAAGGCAAUCUACACGAUGGCGUACGCUUUGCAUGCCCUGCAGCAGGACGCUUGUGGCCGUAACUGGCCCGGGAUCUGUGCGGCCAUGUUCCCCUUCAAUGGGACCCAGUUUUUUAACUACCUAAUGAACGUUUCCUUCACCUACGAGCCGGGCGAUACGGUGGAGUUUGACAGCCGAGGCGAUCCCCCUGGGAGAUACGACAUUAUGAACUAUCAGCAGAUGCCGAACGGGACGUACGAUUAUGUGCAGGUCGGCGAGUGGAACAACGGAUCGUUGAACUUUUUCCGAGAACUCCAGGAACCGGACACGGGACCGGUCGAAUCGGUCUGCUCCAAGCCGUGCCUACCGGGAUACUAUAAGAAUCUGCAAACCGGUGGCCAGGAGAAGCAAUGCUGUUGGGUUUGUGUGCCCUGUGAGCGGCACCAGUUCCUGUACAACGAAACACACUGCCAAAACUGUGACCUCGGCUUUUGGCCGGACUCCUCCAAGACGGAAUGCUUACAGAUACCCAUCGAGUACAUGCAAUGGGGUGACACCGAGUCCAUUGUCGCCAUAUCUUUCUCCGUACUCGGGUUCAUCACCACAGGACUGGUGUUUGGAGUCUUCCUUAGACACAACGAUACUCCGGUUGUAAAAUCAUCAACCCGGGAGCUCUGCUACCUGAUCCUCGUGGGAAUGAUCAUAUCGCACAGCUCAAUCUUCGCCAUCUUGGCGAAACCGUCGGCCAUUUCCUGCCUGUUAAGUCGAGCUCUCCCGGGGAUAUCGUUUGCCAUGAUCUAUGCCUCGUUGCUAGUGAAGACGAAUCGGAUAGCGCGGAUUCUGGCCGGUUCCAAGAAGCGCUUUCCAACCAAGAAGCCCAAGUUCAUGUCGGCCGCUGCCCAGCUUGUUAUCACCGGAUUGCUCAUUUCGGUAGAAAUUACCAUUUCCGUUUUCAUGCUCAUUUUGGAGGCUCCCAAUACCGAACAUCAGUAUCCGAUUCGACAGCGUACGGUGCUGGCCUGCAACACCACCCGGCAAGGAAUUUUGGUCCCCUUAGCGUUUAUAUUUCUGCUGAUCAUUCUUUGCACUCUCUACGCCUGGAAAACGAGAAACGUUCCGGAGAACUUCAACGAGGCGAAAUUCAUCGGCUUCGCCAUGUACACGACAUGCGUCAUCUGGGUAGCCUUCGUGCCAAUCUACUUCGGGUCGGAGUCGAAGAUCAUCACCAUGUGUAUCUGCAUCUCUCUGUCGGCCAUGGUGACCCUGGUGUUUCUAUUUCUUCCCAAGUUGUAUAUUAUCCUAAUCAGGCCAGAGAAAAAUAUUCGUGCCCUGUUCACCACCUCCAAAUCCAUCCGGUGUCACAUUGGAUCAAGAGUGGCUUCGGCCAUUUCCCACAAAACCUCAUCAUCCUACUCGAGCGGACCGGGUCCUCCGCUGGAAGAACUUGGUGGGGACUACAGCUUCGAUGCCCCGAAACCCAUCAUCCGAUCGGCUUCUUGUCAAACUUCGUUGGAGCUCCUGAACAAACUGCUAGAGAUUCAUCUCUACGAAGAGACAAAAUCUUCGGAAGCAUCGACUCCGAAGCCACGCCAGAGGAACAUCUCCGCUACGCUCAAACAAGUCCGCUACAGUCUGUCACCCAUGAAGUCAGCUAUGAAGCGCAACACCAACAUCGACAAGCACCUGCUAGUUCCGGAAGGUGAUCUACUCAACAACAAUAACACAUUCAUCAUCGAAAAUGGUCUCCAGACGUCCGAUUUUCAAAGAAAAGGCUCGACAGACCUGAUCGAGAAAACCACCACCAUACGAGAGACCUGCUAUCACUGCUCUCAGCUAGAUUCGGUACGCUAUCGGUACGAUCUCAUCGACGAUCUGACGACGACAACGACGAUGUCCAACAUCAGCCAUCAACAAGACCUGCCGCUGACCAACAACACCGGGGGAUCUGUCUAUCUCAUUGGUGGUAACAAUGCCGGAACCUGUGCCAAACAAUCAACAACGAUGUUCAACAAAUACGCCAAAACGAUGAUCAGCGAGGAAAGUUUGUCCGAGUGUUCGAUCAGCACCCUUUCCGAGUCUUGCGACUGCAAGUUCAAAAGUAUUACCAUCAAACUUCCGAAGCCGACCGACAACACUGCUGAUCGGCAGCAGCAGCAACAGCAACAGAUCAUAUAUUUUUGAUAUCCUCUAGAACUAAUUUGGAACUUUUGGUGGACGGAAAGUGGUUAUAGAUCACUUAUUCAUAACUGUGGAAUCCUAUGGUAAUAUAUCCAAAACAAAGUAGGAAUUUGUUAGACGAAACUUUUCUAAAAGAAGAAACCUGAAAUAACUGCAUGACGUUAGCUGAUUCCUAACUUUUAAUCGUAAUGUGGAUGCACAAUCAACCGUUUC